GGGAGGAAGAGGAAGGGGAAGGGAGGCCUGGCUCCACCCUCCCGGCCGGCCGGGGCAGCCCUCCCUUAUUUAUCAAAAGGCCGCUCUCAGGUCUUCCUGGAGCCUUCUCCAGGCUGAACAGCCCCAGCUCUCUCAGCCUGUCCUCACAGGGAUGUGUUCCAUCCCUUGGGUCAUUUCUGUGGCCCUCGUCUGGAUGUGCUCCAACAGCUCCAUGUCUCUCCUGUACUGAGGACUCCACAUCCGCAUGCAGUACUCCAGAAUGACUUCCUUUUGUGUGAUGAAACUUUUAUGCCAAACAACCAGAAGUGAGACUGGAUAUGCAAAACGAUUCUGUGGUACUUUCCUGUCAUGGACAGCACAAAAGGGAGUUUUCCCUCCAUUCUGGAUGGUGGUACCUGACCCUAGAAAGACAAAUGUGCUUGUAUUUGCUCGGCCAUUUUGUACAGCUGAAAAAUCUCACAAAGAUCCUAAAAGGAAAGCAGCAUUUGGAAGCGUUGGGCGAAGAAUUCCGUAUCGGAUUUUGCACGUAAUCAACCAGGAUGGAGAGAGCUUAGGAGAUAUGCACCGAGCAGAGGCACUCAGACUGAUGGAUGAACAUAACCUGAAACUGGUUCUGCUUCGUGAGAACGCAGAACCUCCUGUGUACAGACUGAUGACUGGGCAACAGAUUCAUGAGGAGAAGCUGAAACGUGCAGAGAAAGAAAAAGCAAGUCCAAAAACAGUGCUGGUUCAGAAGGAGUUAUCCUUCUCUUCAGCUAUUGCCAAGAAUGACUUGGAGACCAAGACUAAACAGAUAACACACUGGAUUGAAAAGAAAUACCAUGUGAAAGUGACUAUCCGACAGGGAAGAGACAGCAAUACAGACACGUUCACGCUUUUUGAUCAGAUUUUGGAGGCUAUAUCUGACAAAGCCACUUAUCUUUCCAAGCCUAAAGCUAUUAAGGAAGGAACAAGUGUGUGCAUUCUGAGACACAUGUCUGACAAAGAGUUGAAAGCAUACCAGAAGAUGGAAAAACAGAAAAACAGUAUGGUAAAGAAAGAUGAAAAUGAAGAGCCAAAGUCAAGCGAGCUGCAUUAAUGACUUUAUGAGGAGGUACAAACAAUACUAUUACAAAAAGGACUAUAAAAUAAAGGUUUUUUGCUGGA